GUUGGUAGGAGGAGAGCAUUGGAGCUGUUUUCUCUUUGAUGCCAAGACAUGCCAAGCUAGGAGCACGCUGCUCUGUUCAGUCAUCCAGCAAGAACAGGCCUGCAGGACGUGGGGACCGAGACCCGAGCUCUGCUGCCCCGUGGCCCCGUCUGUGGGCAUGGCCUGUGGGGGCAACUGAGCGUUGUCUGGACGGCAAGGAGCACCGGCAUGGCUUACCCCGUUGGCAGCCCUCGGCCACCCCGCUGCUGAAGCCACCCCGGAGAGACUUGUGGGGGCUGCUCUGCUCAUGCUCACCCAGGCUGGGGGGCCCGGGGCCUGCCGGGGCUAGGAGUGGGGCUGCUGUCCAUGGAUCUCUAGAGAUUUCCAAGAUGCCUGGGAAGAGGGGCUGGGGCUGGUGGUGGGCCCGGCUGCCCUUUUGCCUGCUCCUCAGCCUUUAUGGCCCCUGGGUGCCUUCCUCCCUGGGGAAGCCCAAGGGCCACCCUCACAUGAAUUCCAUCCGCAUAGAUGGGGACAUCACACUGGGGGGCCUGUUUCCGGUGCAUGGCCGGGGCUCGGAGGGCAAGGCCUGUGGGGAACUGAAGAAGGAGAAGGGCAUCCACCGGCUGGAGGCCAUGCUCUUUGCCCUGGAUCGCAUCAACAACGACCCGGACCUGCUGCCCAACAUCACGCUGGGCGCCCGCAUUCUGGACACCUGCUCGAGGGACACCCACGCCCUGGAGCAGUCGCUGACCUUCGUGCAGGCGCUCAUCGAGAAGGAUGGUACGGAGGUCCGCUGUGGCAGCGGCGGCCCGCCCAUCAUCACCAAACCCGAACGUGUGGUGGGUGUUAUUGGUGCUUCAGGGAGCUCAGUCUCCAUCAUGGUGGCCAACAUCCUUCGUCUGUUCAAGAUCCCCCAGAUCAGCUACGCCUCCACAGCCCCGGACCUGAGUGACAACAGCCGCUACGACUUCUUCUCCCGCGUGGUGCCCUCGGACACGUACCAGGCCCAGGCCAUGGUGGACAUCGUCCGCGCCCUCAAGUGGAACUACGUGUCCACGCUGGCCUCGGAGGGCAGCUAUGGCGAGAGUGGCGUGGAGGCCUUCAUCCAGAAGUCCCGAGAGGACGGGGGCGUGUGCAUCGCCCAGUCGGUGAAGAUACCGCGGGAGCCCAAGCCGGGGGAGUUUGACAAGAUCAUCCGGCGCCUGCUGGAGACCUCGAACGCCAGGGGGAUCAUCAUCUUUGCCAAUGAGGAUGACAUCAGGCGUGUGCUGCAGGCGGCGCGGAAGGCCAACCAGACAGGCCACUUCUUCUGGAUGGGCUCGGACAGCUGGGGCUCCAAGAUCGCACCCGUGCUGCACCUGGAGGAGGUGGCCGAGGGCGCUGUCACCGUCCUCCCCAAGAGGAUGUCGGUGCGAGACCGCGAGCGCAUUGGGCAGGAUUCAGCGUACGAGCAGGAGGGGAAGGUGCAGUUUGUGAUCGACGCCGUGUACGCCAUGGGCCACGCGCUGCACGCGAUGCACCGGGACCUGUGUCCGGGCCGCGUGGGGCUCUGCCCACGCAUGGACCCCCCUCUGGGCAUUGCCGGGAACCCCGUGACCUUCAACGAGAACGGAGACGCGCCCGGCCGCUACGACAUCUACCAGUACCAGCUGCGCAACGGCUCUCUCCAUGCAGGGGCCUCCCUGGAGGCGUCUCUGCCCCGGGCUCACAUCCUCCAGCCUCUGGGCAUUGCCGGGAACCCCGUGACCUUCAACGAGAACGGAGACGCGCCCGGCCGCUACGACAUCUACCAGUACCAGCUGCGCAACGGCUCUGCUGAGUACAAGGUCAUCGGCUCCUGGACUGACCACCUGCACCUGCGAAUGGAGCGGAUGCUGUGGCCGGGGAGUGGGCAGCAGCUGCCCCGCUCCAUCUGCAGCCUGCCCUGCCAGCCGGGGGAGCGGAAGAAGACAGUGAAGGGCAUGCCCUGCUGCUGGCACUGCGAGCCCUGCACUGGGUACCAGUACCAGGUGGACCGCUACACCUGCAAGACGUGCCCGUACGACAUGCGGCCCACCGAGAACCGCACGGGCUGCCGGCCCAUCCCCAUCAUCAAGCUGGAGUGGGCCUCGCCCUGGGCCGUGCUGCCCCUCUUCCUGGCCAUAGUGGGCAUCGCGGCCACGCUCUUCGUGGUGGUCACCUUCAUGCGCUACAACGACACACCCAUUGUCAAGGCCUCGGGCCGCGAGCUGAGCUACGUGCUGCUGGCGGGCAUCUUCCUGUGCUAUGCCACCACCUUCCUCAUGAUCGCGGAGCCCGACCUGGGCACCUGCUCGCUGCGCCGCAUCUUCCUGGGGCUUGGCAUGAGCAUCAGCUACGCAGCCCUGCUCACCAAGACCAACCGCAUCUACCGCAUCUUCGAGCAAGGCAAACGGUCGGUCAGCGCCCCGCGGUUCAUCAGCCCCGCCUCGCAGCUGGCCAUCACCUUCAGCCUCAUCUCCCUGCAGCUGCUGGGCAUCUGUGUGUGGUUCGUGGUGGACCCCUCCCACUCGGUGGUGGACUUCCAGGACCAGCGGACGCUGGACCCCCGCUUCGCCCGGGGGGUGCUCAAGUGCGACAUCUCGGACCUGUCGCUCAUCUGCCUGCUGGGCUACAGCAUGCUGCUCAUGGUCACGUGCACGGUGUACGCCAUCAAGACACGUGGCGUGCCCGAGACCUUCAACGAGGCCAAGCCCAUCGGCUUCACCAUGUACACCACCUGCAUCGUCUGGCUGGCCUUCAUCCCCAUCUUCUUUGGCACCUCACAGUCCGCGGACAAGCUGUACAUCCAGACGACCACGCUGACGGUGUCGGUGAGCCUGAGCGCCUCGGUGUCCCUGGGGAUGCUCUACAUGCCCAAGGUCUACAUCAUCCUCUUCCACCCGGAGCAGAACGUGCCCAAGCGCAAGCGCAGCCUCAAAGCCGUGGUCACCGCCGCCACCAUGUCCAACAAGUUCACGCAGAAGGGCAGCUUCCGGCCCAACGGGGAGGCCAAGUCUGAACUCUGCGAGAACCUCGAGGCCCCCGUGCUGGCCACCAAACAGACCUACGUCACCUACACCAACCACGCACUCUAGCGAGGCUGCCAGAGCCGAACCGGAGGAGGAGGAGGACCCGAGACCCUCAUGAUGGUGCGUCGAGCCAGGGCCACUCCGGGGCCCAGCUGAUGUCCUGCCUGCCCGUGGACACCCGCGGAUGUGGCUUGGUGCUGAGGACAGCAGAGCCCCAGCGGUCCCUGCUGGGUAGCCUGGGCAAGCCGGGCGGGCGCCAGGAGGAGGGCCGGGGGCUGGGCAGCUUCUGCCACUCCGGGAGCCUGUCUGGACCAGGGCCCCUCCUAGCCCCCAAUCACAGGGGCCCCGGUGCCGGUCCCCUGUCUCUGCCUGUCCCAGGGGCGACCUUCUCCGUCUGUCUCCAUCCUCUCUAUUUCCUCUUAUCUCUGCUGUCCGUCUCCAUCCGUGUGCUCUGCUUCCCCGCAUCUUCCUCCUGCCUCUGCGUCUCUCGCUCAUGAGCUCGUCUCCAGGUCUCUCCUGUUUUUCUCUGUGCUCCUCCCGGGCCUCCCCUCUCGUGCAUUUCUCUUGCCUGUCCUCCCACCUUCAUUUAUGACCAGCUCUGCUCUCCCCUCCCUGCCACCUUUUCCCAAGUCACUAAAUCUUCCAUGUCACAAAAGAGAAAAAAGGGAAAAAAGGGAAAAAAAAUCAAAACACAAAAAAGCCAAACAAAAACAAAUCCUGAGUCUGU